AAACACCCUCUCAGCCAAAGAAAACAAAGACGAUGACGACCAUAUUCAUGGCCGGAGCCAUCUGCCUCCAUGCGCGUUUGCCGUUACACCUUACUCAGCCACAACGGAGGUUUCGCAAUAGCUUUCGGUGUUCGAAGACGAAUGAUACCCCACAACUCUUGAAGAUUGUUGUUAGUGGAGCUACAGAGAUCCUAAGGCUCUUCUCUUCCUUCAACAAAAAUGAAUUGAAUGAAAUGGUUCCCGAACAGAAUUAUGAAACAUCUGCUUCUUGCCUGGAUGAUGUUAUGAUGAUACUGAAGUCAGAUUAUGACAAUGCUUAUUUUGUGACAGGAAACUUUACUUCUGGAAUUUACGCAGAAGAUUGUAUCUUUGAAGAUCCCACCAUCAGAUUUCGUGGGAAAGAUUUUACAUUUUUUUUCCAGUUGUGCAUCCAUGAGCGUAUCCUGAUGGUAUGCAUCCAUUCAGGUAAGGAGCUGUACUCACGGAACUUAAAAUUGCUUGUACCUUUCUUUGAGCUUCCAUCAAUCUCAUUACAAAGCAUCAAGAAGGUUCUGAACAGUGAAACAGAGUCCAUAAUGGCGUCUUGGAGACUAAGGACUCGUCUUAAACUACCAUGGAGGCCUCUCAUUUCCAUUGAUGGGACUACGGUCUAUGAUUUGGACAACCAGUUUAGAAUUGUUAAGCAUGUCGAGAGUUGGAGCGUUUCCCCUCUUGAAGCAAUCGGGCAAAUAUUCACCCCUAGCUCUGGCGGUCCGGUUUAAUUUGGUAAAAACUACUAAGCUUCUCUAUGAAACUGUGUAUAAGUAAAUUUCAGACUCCAUUUGACAGGAACUCCAAGAACAAGCAACUUCUGAAUAAUGUUUAUUAUGUGACUUGUGAAUUACAUUCAUGGUAAAUGAUAGAGCUGAGCUGGUCCUUGUUGGGGUCAUUUGUGGAUUA